GUGAAUAUAUUGUUUUUCCGCGCAUUGAAAUCUUUUGUUUCAUAGCUUUACUCUCUUGAUAUUUUUUUUAAAUUUAAUUAAAUAUAAAGUGUAAUUCAUAUUAUUAAUUUAUUUCAAAAUUUUAUAAUUUAAAAGUUAAAUGAAAAUAUAAAAUAAUUUAUGAAAGAAGUGUGAUUUUUAAUGCGUAAAUGUGUAGAAAUAAUUUUUAAAAUGUAAAUUUAAAAAAAUAUUUUUCUAAGGAAUUUCUGAAACAAGUUUAGUAAUUAUUUAAGAAAUCAAAUUCAGGUCAAUUUAUUAAACUAUAUACAUAGGAAAUAUAAAAAUUAAUUAAAAUAUUUUAUAACUUGAAAUAGUGACCACCAAAACAGAAGAAAUGAAAUAUUUCAUUUAAUAUUUUAAGUGAAUUUUUAAUUUUUUUUUAUUCCCAGUAAAAACUCGAGGUUAUUAUGGUGCGGGAAAAAAUUAAGUCUGCUACUUGCUCUGUUGGCAAAUUCAUUUAGUACAAAGAAUAAUAAUAUUAUGCUUUAGAAAGAUUAUAAUUAUAUUAAAAUUACAUUACACUUUAAUUAUAUAUUUUUUACCUUAAAAAAAAUAAUUUUAUGUUGCGUUUUACAAAAUAAUAACAGACAAAAUUUUAAGAAAACAAAAAGUGUUUAAAACAAAAUUAACAAUUUCAUCGUAAUUAUCUCUGAUAUUUUAAUUAAUUGGAUUACAAAAGAAAAUAAGAUUUAAAAGAAAAAAAAAAGAACCUAACUUUCUUAAUCACAUUCUUCGGAAUGUUUUUGAUAUAUGUACUCUUAAAUACACAUAUUUAAACGCUGUAAACUAAAUAGUAGAGCAGUCUGGAUUUAUAAAAUCUUUUUAUUAUUGAAACAACAAAAUUACAUUUAUACAUGUUUUUCAAAUAAAAUGACUUCGAAAUACGAAAGAAUAAAAUCGGAUUGCAAAAAAAAAAGUUAUCUUUGGGAAGAUCCUGAUUUUCCAGCUGUACAAACAUCAGUUUUUUAUUAUCAAACACCACCUUUUACAUUUCAAUGGAAACGAAUACCAGAAAUAUCAUCAAAUGGAACGUUUAUGUCUGAAGGGGAAAAUUUCGAUAUAUGCCCUGGUAAAAUGGGUGAUCGUUGGCUAGUCUCUUGUUUAGGUGUAUUAUAUUCAUUAAAAAAUUUAUACUAUAGAGUUGUACCAGCUGAUCAAAAUGUUAAUAAUUCAUGCGGUGUUUAUAGAUUUCGUUUAUGGUGGUGCGGUGAAUGGGUUGAAGUUCUAGUCGAUGAUCGUUUACCAACAAUUAACGGUAAAUUAGCAUUUCUUCAGCCACAAAAAUCAAAUUGUUUUUGGGCAUCAUUACUUGAAAAAGCUGUAGCAAAAUUACAUGGUUCAUAUGAAGCAUUAAAAUACGGAACAAGAUCAGAUGGUUUGAGUGAUUUAUUAGGUGGUAUUGUUGAAGUAUGUAAUAUUAGAAAUGGAAAUGAUUUUAUUCGCCCGCUACAACUGAAGCUGUAUUUAGAAACGACAUGCAUUGUUACAUGUAUUUCAAAUAAAAGUCAGGCCACAACAAGUAAUGGACAAUAUAAAAGUACUCCAGAAAGACUGCCAAAUGGAAUUUAUUUUAAUGUCAAUUACAGAGUGUGUUCAUUAGACAAGGUCGAAACAUUAUUAGGAGAUGCUGUACAAUUAGUUCGGUUAAAGGAUCCUCUUGCAAGUGAAACUUUUGGUACUAAAACUGGAUAUAAUGGGGAAUGGUCGGCUAUGUCACAAUCAUGGGAUCGAGUAUCUAUACAAGAACGUGAUAGAUUAUUAGGACAACUAGAUGUUGGUGAAUUUUGGAUAUCGUUUUUAGUUCUCACUCAAUCAUUUACAUUUUUGGAAUGUAUUCAUUUGGACACAGACACAGCUAAAGAUGAGAUAUCAUUAUCAGAUAGACCUAAACGGUGGCAAAUGAAAAUGUACCAGGGACAGUGGCGAAGAGGUGUUACAGCUGGUGGUUGCAGAAAUCAUGAAUCGUUUCAUAUAAACCCACAGUUGCUCCUUACUGUACAAGAAAAAGAAGAUAUUGUCAUUUCAUUGAAUCAGCAUACUGCUAUCGAACCAAAAGUAAUUGGCUUUACAAUGUACAAAUUGAAUACAGUCAAAACAAAACUUUCAGAAUGCGUACCAAAAGAUUUUUUCAAAAAUCAAAUUAGUUUUAUAAAUUCAGAUUACGGCAACACAAGGCACGUUAGUUUGCGUUGUAGUUUAGAAGUAGGACGAUAUCUUUUAAUGGCAACCACUUAUGAGCCAGGAGAAGAAGCAUUAUUCACGGUACGAAUUUUAGGAAAUUCAAUAAGAUUAACGCAACUUGAGACUCAAACAAUGAUGUUAUUAGAUCCAUUUCCACCAUUAAAUUUAAUAAAUGAACCUGAUAGCUCUAAGGCGAAAAAAUGUCAAUAUGAACCUGUUUUCAUGCAAUUAGCUGAUGAAAAUAAGACUAUUAAUUGCUUUGAAUUACAUGAAUUAUUAGAAGCAUGUUUACCAAAUGAUUAUAUUAAAGGCUGUGCGAACAUUGAUAUUUGCAGACAAAUUAUUUCACUACAAGAUAAAUCUGGAACAGGAAGAAUUAAUUUUCAUCAGUUUAAAACAUUUAUGGUAAAUUUAAAAGCCUGGCAAGGUGUUUUUAAAAUCUAUUCGAAAGAAAAGGCAGGAGUUCUACGAGCCGAACGUUUAAGAGAUGCGCUUUGUGAUGUGGGUUUUCAAUUAUCAACAGAUAUUAUGAAUGUUUUAAUGCACCGUUAUAUUCGUAAAGAUGGUACUUUAAGAUUAAGUGACUUUGCAUCAGCUAUUUUACAUUUAACUACAGCUUUCCAAGUAUUCCAUAAGAAAGAUCAUGAUAAGGAUAAUGUUAUCAAAAUAGAAAUGUCAGAUUGGAUCAAGUCAGUAAUGAGGUGCUGAAAGCUAAAUAUGUAGCUUAUUUUAUUUUUAAGUAGAUAGGAACCCACAUAUUUUAAUAAAUUGAAAUCUAUUCUAACCAUUA